AUGGGGUGGGUGGGGUGGGUGAUGGGAGGUAUGGGGGGAAGGUGUUGGGUGAAUGGGGGGGAGGUGGGUGGGUGGUGGGAUUGGGAGGAUGGGUGGGGGUGGUGGGGUGGGAGUAUGGAGAUGGGGGGGGUGGUGGAGUAUGGGGAGGAUGGGGAUGGUGGGUGGGUGGAGUAUGGGAGAUGGUGGUGGUGGGUGAGAGUAUGGGAGAUGGUGGGUGGGUGGUGGGGAGUAUGGAGGAUGGGUGGUGGUGGUGGGAGGGAGAGUAUGGAGGAGGGUGGGUGGGUGGGUGGGAGUAUGGGAAGGAUGGGUGGGUUGGGUGGGUGGGAGGGGGAAGGGGAGUUGGUGGAGAGGGGAGGGGUAGAUUGA